CACAUUCUCCAUUAUAGUUCGGUGAGCCAAAGUCAUUGCUAAACAGUGACAAGGACACCUUAAAAGUCUACUCUGUGCAGUGGACAAUAUUCAACAUCUCUGUUCUGGACCAUGGUCCUUCAUAGUGGCUGCAGCAUGAGCAUCCCUGCUAGUAUGAGUGUUGAGAGCCAGCUGCCCACCUCCUGGAGCCCCCACUACAACAGCCCAGAUGUGUCCAUGGUGUCACCGGGUUAUGCUAGUCGACUGUGGUCUCAGGACCUCCACCCACAGUAUUGGUCCAAAUAUCAGGUGUGGGAGUGGCUUCAGCAGACCCUGGACAUGCACCAGAUUGAUGCCACAUCCAUCCCAUUCAGUAACUUUGACCUUGAUGGAAGGCAGCUGAGUAGCAUGAGCUAUCACGACUUCACUCAUUUGGCUGGAUCUGUUGGUCCGGUCCUCUACCAGAGCCUGACUGAUCUCAAGUGGAGCAGUCAGUAUAGCUCCUCAGCAGAUAUGUUUACACCAGGGGAUAUUAAAACAGAAUUAGAUGAUCUUCCAUGUUCAGUCUUACCUUACAAAGAGGAGCCCAGUUUCUAUGCCACCUCAGAGCAUUUGGACAUUAAAACCCAAUUUCAGCCAACAGUGAUGACUUCACCAGCUUCCUAUAGUCCAGACCCUAAAAGACCCCAUAGCCGCUCACACCAAGUGAAAAAACACAACCCUCGUGGGACCCAUCUGUGGGAGUUCAUACGGGAUAUUUUGCUGAACCCAGAGAGGAACCCAGGCCUGAUUAAAUGGGAGAACAGAUCAGAGGGUGUAUUUCGCUUCCUGAAGUCUGAAGCUGUAGCACAGCUAUGGGGCAAGAAGAAGAACAACAGCAGCAUGACCUAUGAGAAGCUCAGUCGAGCAAUGAGAUAUUACUACAAACGAGAGAUUUUAGAACGCGUCGAUGGACGCAGACUGGUCUACAAGUUUGGAAGGAAUGCACGUGGAUGGAGAGAAACCGAGAAGUGAAGGAGUUGGCCACAUGUUUAUUUUCCUCUUUUCCUUUUCAAUUGGAAAUGUGAAGUCUCUUAUUUAUAACAUUAUGUCCUUUACAUUAUGUUGUUUCAUUAUAAGAAGGAGUGUGAUGUCUUUUUUAUGUUGCUUGUAUUUAUACCUGUUUUUUUAUUUGUUUAUACCUGAUUUUUUUUUUUUUUUGAUGCAUUGAUCUGUGAACCAAUAGUACUUAGCUGAACACAGACAAAUUCUCCACACUGUAAAGCAUGAUAGCCCCAUUAAGUUAUGUGAAUCUAUUUUUUUCUAUUUAGCUCCAAUUGUCAUGACAAGCUUUGGAUACUGAACUCAAGCAUAUAAAUUUUCAAAAAUGAAACUUAAAGUAAUCCGUUGUCGUUAGCUGUAAAUCUUGUAAAACAUAACUUUUUGAAACAAAGGUUAUCUUCAAGUUAAAUUUACUCACAUUUUUAAGGCAGCAAGUUUCAUUUCUAAGUUUAACCAACUGAAAUGUCUUACAGUACAUAGUACUCUUUACAGACCUUUUUUUCCCUAAACUUUGGAGACACUUUAUACAACACACUUAUUCAUUUAACAUGGAGGUGUAUAAGGGUACACCCACACUAUAUAUUCCACCUAAUCUUCAACUGUUUGAACAGAUGAUGAAAUAUUACUGCUAUAUUUGGCAUCUGUUUUCCAACUGUAUGUGACUACUUUCAAAGUUUAUUUAAAAUACAACUACUUUAAAUUCUAAAUUCAUGGCUGAAGAGAAAUAUGAAAGGUACCUUCUCAAGCAGUACCUCUCCAAACACUGAUUAAAAUUAAGCAUCGAUCUUAUACUGCCUUUCUUUAUGGCACUUACUGUUGGUCAGAUUUUUAAAAUAUAUUUUAUUGUGAACCACAAAGGCUUUAAAGUUUACUGUAUAUUCUAUACUGUACAGUUUUUUAACUGUCUUUGAGGAGCAAGCAAUGUAUAUGUACAGUACAUUUGUAAUCUGUAUGCUUCAAUAAAAAUAAACACUGUUAAACUCA